AUGUUUUUACGAGGGGCUACCAUAAUAAUUUCGCCGCCUCUUCGUUUAUCACGGCUUCCCGGGUUUAAUGAUCCAUGCGUUGAUGAUGAUGAUAAUGGUGAGAAGAAAAAGCAGAAGAAGAAGAAGAAGAAGAAGAAGAAGAAGAAGAAGAUGAUGAUGAUGAUGAUGAUGAUGAUGAUGAUGAUGAUGAUGAUGAUGAUGAUCUCUGCCCGUAAGUAGUCUGGCAGUCCAUGAGCCCGAGUUAUUGAUUCUCCUUGGGACGUUUGUUUCCAAUCUGCUAGGUCCCACUUCUGUUCGCCCCAGUGUUCAUACGUGCUGGUGCUCGUGCCUGGGGGGGGGGCAGGUCGUGCGUGUGGCGCGUGCAGACAGGGUCACUUGAUAUGUCGGCCAUCAAGCCCAUUUCCCGCACCUGUCCACUGACCGGCUCGGACAGCGCCUGGGGCCUGGAAGUGGGAAAGCAGAGUGAGGUCGACGACCCAGCGCAUUUUCUUCACUACAAACAAUCUGACGCGCUUGAAGCUAUCAUAGUGUGCCAAGGACCGUGGCUUGGAAUGUUGCUGACUGGCAAGAAGGCAGCAAUGGCUCCUUCUUAAUGUGAUCUUAGUGGCACUCCUUUUCCGUCGGGUCCGAGCCAGGUGCGGCGGCACGCCUAGGUGCGGCCCCGGCCCUGCCAGCCCCUUUUGCUGUUGGUUAAAAUCCUGGUCAUUUACUGUGUGGACCAGGGGGUGGUGGCACGUCUAGGCGCGGGUUCGACCGUGCCAUCCGCCUGCGCCCUCUUCCACCACUGGUCUUCUUGACUCUAUCUGGACACCGGGUCCGGGUGGGGAGUGGGGGAGGAGGGAGUGCGAUAGAUGCUGUACAAAUCCUCCACCAUUAUAAACUAAUUCGCACUGAAUUCACCGUCCCUGCUCUCACCUUGCUGUUGUGCACACAGUGGACAUCGUCGGCAACGGCGGUCGAACUAUCAAGAGUUUGCAACAGAUGCACAGAAAUCCCAGUUUCCUUCGGUAUCCCACCAAAUAUAAUUCAGUAAGACGUCAUGCAGUUGACGGAUAUGCCUUUGUUCCGUCGCCCUACACCGAGUUUAUUAGGGCAUACAAGAGGCUUAUCUUUAUUAGCCCCUUCUAAAUUUGUACAGAACGAGAGUUCCUCAUUUCGCGAUCCUCAAAUGAAAGGUGGGCACCGCGGAACAAUUUCGGACCAUUUCAUUCGCCCGUCACAGCCUGGAUGACACUAUGUUAGCCUUGUCGAGGUGCGUAAAACAGUCGGCUUGGUUAUCGACCCAGGCCUAAGCUACUGCUAGCAGAUGCACCAAGAAUCUUCCCAAACUCUUCCACGGAUAACAAAAUCCAAGUGAUCACACACGAGCCAGGCAGUCGAUCUAUAUCCACUUGGUCACCGAAACCUCAGAGAGCUUGCCCAAAGUCAUCGCUACGCUGUCGUGUCCACUUACCAGCACAUGCCGGGUUUCUGCCCGGGGCUUUUCUUGUUAAAUCACCAUAAGUCGUAGUACCAGCAUUGCCAAUCAUUCUAACUUUUGAAGUCAUCACUUUCUUGGACGGCAUUUCCCCUGCACUGUCUUCUAUGAGAAAGGUUUUAUUAAUUUACCUGGCUUCCAAAGGGCCACUUUGCUACCUCUGUGCUGGUUCACUUGCCGUCCCCUUCCUUCAAACUCUGCCCACGCCAACACUCUUUGAGCACUAGUCAAUUCCAAUUUAGGAUUUUUAUGCGCGGAUUCCGAAAAGGGACCAGUCCUACGGGUCAGAAAAUUGUUUGGUUAAAAGCCCUCGCCCAAAGCUUUCCUUUUAUUCAGACUAAUUUCUGACUUUUGGAUGUGGUAAGCCAGCAGUUGUUCGGAGCAAAGAUGCUCAUGCCAACUCUGCGAGGAAUAAGGAUGUCAACGUUUUUAUUAGCCGAGGACACAAAAAGGGCGCAGCAGCUCCAGUAGUAGGUUUGGAUUCGCAGAACCCCUCUAUCGAAUCUGAUCUAAUACAUAGAAAAACUGUUAAAAUAUCCCAGGCCAGUUCAUAAAUAAACAAUAGAAGCAAACAGUUUUCCAUGACUUCAGGCGAAGCAGGUUCGAUCACUUUGGAACAUAUUGUAGCCGAAUAACCUCAUUCGUGGGGUACAUGAGUACUGAGGACAUGAAGUUUUAUUCACACAGUAGGGCGACUCAUAUUUCAAACAGUCCAGCAAAAUUUUAUCCUUCUUAACUCCUGUCCUAUAACUCCCUCCAGAAAUAUGUUGCAAUUAUUUCGGAUUGUCUGCAAAUGGAUCUAUCUGCGCAACAUCGCAACAUUUUUCUUUAAACUCUUCUGACUUAUGUCCUAAAACUUUUCACACUUCCCCAAAACUGCCGGCUAAAUAAUAUCGAAAUCCCCGCUAAGUGUUCUUGCAGGAAUUUUAAAGGACGGGAAAAUAAUUUCCCCUCAAAACCGCUUUAUUGUUUAGUUUUUGGGGAAAUUUUUGGACAAAUGCAUCAACCACGCGGACAUCUGAGAGAUCACGGCAAGACGCCAGCAGUCGCACUAUAGCCAGAUAGUUCGAAUUUGAACCCAAGCUGCGGCCCCGCGAAUCAAUAUUCGUAGCAAAGAGUCCCUGACGCGUUCACUCUUUGAAAAAGUGUAAACGAAAAGUUUGCACAUUCGCGACUGCAGCCGAGUGUACGAGAACCAAGCUCGCGUGGCCCAAUCAGCACGUUCAGAGCCUGUGAAAUUUAAUCGGUAGCUAAAGCUCACUAGAUUUCGCUCUGAUAUUCACAGAGCGUCGGCACCAGUGCAUUGAAAUUUCGCCGAACCAAUCAGCCUGCACACUCUGGUCAUUGUUUGGUCAUGUUGUGUUAUGAUGGAAAUCAACCUAAGGCCGAAUCUCAUUCGCUGCCACAGAGCGCAACCAGCAGCGUGUCAGGCAGCUUUGGGCAGACGAAAAUGAUCUACGACAGCUCAACCAUACUUUCGAACAUUUCGAUGGCGAGCAAACAGGACAAUCAAAAUGCAGCCGCACUUUCGGCGGAAGAAGGGAUCGCCAAGUUACUAGAAAGAACAAAGUACACAAUUUCUCAGGAACAUGGUCAACGACGCUAUGGUCCUCCACCAGACUGGACCGGAGAAACUCCGCAGCGAGGAUGCGAGGUUUUCAUCGGAAAAAUCCCUCGAGACUGUUUUGAGGAUGAACUCAUUCCUAUUUUCGAAAAAAUAGGACCAAUCUACAUGUUCCGCCUGAUGAUAGAAUUCAACGGAACCAAUCGUGGUUAUGGAUUCUGCGUAUAUACCAAUCGUGAAGAUACUAAAAGGGCUGUGGACGAAUUGAAUAAUUAUGAAAUUCGUAAAGGAAAGACAAUAGGCGUGUGCCUAAGUGUUGAUAAUUGCAGGCUUUUCGUCGGUGGAAUCCCAAAAAAUAAAACGCGCAGUGAGAUCUUAGCGGAGAUGCAGAAAGUUACGGAUGGUGUGAAAGAUGUCAUCUCUUACCCCAGCGUCACAGAUAAGACGAAAAACCGCGGCUUUGCUUUUGUUGAAUAUGAGAGCCACAAAGCAGCUGCAAUGGCCAGAAGAAAACUUAUUCCUGGGCGUAUUCAACUGUGGGGACAGCAGAUUGCAGUGGACUGGGCCGAACCCGAAAGGGAAGUUAACGAGGACAUCAUGUCGAAGGUACGGAAACAUUCUGUUCCCCUUUUUAUACGGCUGAGCGGAGUCCAAGUCUUUUCACAUCAUAUAGCUCAAAUGUAGGCUUUAAAUAAAGCAGUUCUGUAGGAAGCACAGCUUUAUACAGACAUUUAAAAGUGAGCUCAUUAAGUAAAUUUCGAGAAACUAAAACCUGAAGUAAUGACUUUGGCUUCCAUUCUAUUAUCUCACUUUCGUUUGAAAUCUCAACACUGUCUUGUGGCUCACCUGAAAUUGUCAACGACUGAGCAUUUACAGCAUUGCUUUCACCAAAUUUUAAUGCAAAUAAAGGUUUUCUCGUUUUGAUGACUUACGAAAUGCUUGGAUAGCCCCCCAAUUAUGCCAAGUUCAUCGGAUUUAGGAGUUAUCUUAUAAUAUUUCCAGUAUUUAUGUAAAUCGUCACCUGCUUUUUUUAUUCGGACAAAUCUAAGGUAAAGAUAUUGUACGUGAGAAAUCUGAUGCUGAGCACUUCCGAAGAUCGCCUCCGAGAAAUCUUCCUGGAAGCCGCCGGCAGUGAUCCACAGAGUAUUGAACGUGUAAAGAAAAUAAGUGACUACGCAUUCAUCCAUUUCAAAGAACGUGAAAUUGCGAAACGUUGCAUGGAAGCUCUCAGUGGUUCGUUUUCACUUGCUUUAGAUCAUGAGUUUGCGGUUUUCCCUUUCAUUCUACGAUUUUAUUGUGAGAAUGACAAUGCCGGAAAGUAUAGUUAUCUAACUGCACAUUUGUCACCCUUUGCCUAACAAAGAAUAAGGAUCACUGUCUCUCUUUCAUGUAAUUUCUACCUAACUUACUCCACCACAUACUAAGUGGUAAGGUGAACUUUCUAGAACCGACAAGCUGUCUUCAGAUCCUUCGGCAUAAUUUUUCCUAGAGGCCGGAAUUUACAUAUUUUUUCUUCUGUUUAGCCGUACGCGCCACAUCUUUAGUUAUUUGCUGCCGAAAGCUUGAUUUUAGGUCUAAGGUGAUCCGUACUCACCCAACUGCCCGCCUCGCGCGAAUGACGAACCCCAGGACCAAAUAGAGGGAAGGGGGAGUCAAACGUAUUUAAUAUGUGAUUGGUUAUUGCCGUUUCCCUCGGUCGCACGAACGCGCCUUUCCUACCCAUGCUACGUGACGCGAACCAAUAAAAACAUGCCCGCGGCUGUCAAACAAAUCGGUCACCGGGUUUAGCGUGCGGAAACGUCCCCGUGAGGCGUUGAAAUUACAGGAGGGAAGAACGUGAGACUAUUGUGUUGUGAGUACUGGAAAUGCGUUUAAUCUAAGGGCCAUUAACUUGCAAUUUAACGUGGAAAUUACGGCCAACAUACACACUUGACACGGCCAAUACCGUCAACUGCUGGAGCAUUUAUACUGGAAGACUGUUGGAAAUAUGGGAACUACACGGCCAGAAAACGUGCUCAGGACAUAGUGCCUAGCUCAAACUUGGAGGCAGUCCGUUCGAAUUCGUUUAACUUUUUCCGUCUUCUGGUUACACGAGAGCCAGCUCUUCCUAGUCGGCCAUUGGACUGUUAAGGGUACUUUUCUGUUUUCCAAGCCCUAAACUGAGCGUGGGAUCUGGCUUCAGUUGUAUGGUUGACCUGAACGUAUCACCGCCUUCCCCUUGUUUUCUGCUAGUGAUGAUGUUAAAUACCUUCAGAUCUUGCCGAAAAGGGGCCCAUCGUGUUUGUGACUGAUUUUUUCAUUCGCGCAGACAGUUGGCCCAUUUAAUGGGCUGAAGUUGAUGUCCACUCCCUUUGCUUAUGCGCACGAUUGCCAAAGUGAUUAAGAGUGCAACAAUUCUUCCUUCAAAUAAGACAAUAAAAAUCAGGGCUGGGAAAAACAACAGAAAACUGUACUUCAUCCGGGAUAGGAGCUCCAGUUUUAUGAAAAACAGUUUUGCCUUGUCCCAUCAGACUUCGGAGAGCAAGCCCCUUUGUGGGCAAUCAACCCGAUCGACUAAGUAUGAGAAAAAAAGUACUGAUUAUGAAGAUAAGGGCAUUCUCGUCAAAUAAUGUUUUGUGGGAAGAAAAUAACUCACCAAUCGAGGGUUUAUGUCAUUUAAUUUUUUUGAAGGCACCAACAUCGACGGCUCGAUUAUUGAGGUGACCUGGGCCAAGCCGGCGGACAAGGGGGACCCCGUUCGACCUCAGUCGUCUCGGUCAAGUAAACAGCUCAUGGACUGGAGCUUCAACGCUGACCUAACAAAUGCUGGCAACCUCUUCCUUGACCCCACAGCUGCUAUAUUUGCCGGCUCCGCUCCGGGUGCACCGUUCCUAAUUCCUUCAAUGUCCAACGAUUCUGUAUCAAGUGUCGGUCAGCUGUUGCUCCCGAAUUCGGGGUAAGCUCUAAGUAAUGUACGGACUCUGUUAACAACUAAAGCUCUUUCACUGAACUUUCGGCCCCACGGGACAAAGAAGACUUAUGUCUUGAGGUAGUGGUAGAUGUUGAACUUCUGGUCGACUGGUAGUACUAUCAUACAGUAACUGCUGUUUACUAUAGUCUUCCUUCUAGGGUCUUUCUAAAGUUAUUGACUUAUUCUGCUAACGUUUCAACAUCGGUUAUCUGAUCAUUACAUUCUCUUCAGGUUUAAUGAGGAGAGAUGCAUUUCAGUGCCACCUUCACUUUAUCGGUUUCUUCAGUGGUCUGAGAUAUCUUAAUUUAGUCCUAGUCGUUAGUCCGAUCUGGGAGGUGCGUUAGACUGAGUCAUUUGAGAAUGAUUCCGUCCUAUAGUCCAGGGUCUUGGUCAAAUGUGCUAAUUCAAGGGGGCGGAAAUUAGGAUAAACCAGUUGUCAAUUUAGAGUGAGGUCAUCGAGGCGUCUGAAUUGUACUAAGAUCUACAGGGUGUUGCCUUUUUAAUGGGACUAGGAGCCCUUCAGGUGAUUACAUCUCAGUAAAUAAUGAAUCGGUAGGAAAGAUUUUCAAGUAGAAUCACUUCCAGCACUUUAAAUUCUAAAGGCUAAUAAUUUCUAAAUUUCCAGCUCGAGUGGUUUCCGAGUGGGAUCGUCAAGAUCUGGUCGGCGCAAUGCCGCCGGUGGUAGAAGCGCGGCUGCUCAGAGGGAGAGGAAGCAUCCGGUAGAAGUGAGUUCAACGACUUCAUUAUAAGUCCCUUUACCUGUACGUUUACUUUUAUAUGCAAACAUUAAGUAGCAUCCAAACUUUCGUCAGGAACCCGCGUCUACCUCAGGAAGUAAAAAACCGUUUAGCAGAAAGUCGGUUUGAGAAUUGCGUCGUUCUUUCGUUCUCUGGGAACACCAGUUCACAUGUGAUCUCUACGAGAUAUUUUAUUUCAUGAAUUCCUAGGUCUGGAAGAUUUGUUGGCCUAAAAACGAGGCUUCCAACUGGACGUGACAUUUUUUUAAUUCUUGCAACUUUCACAAGGGUGGCGGGGAGGCUUACCAAUCACCUCCUGACAGGAAGGUCUGGGAAGAUUUGUUUGUACUUCAAACACACCGCAACACCCGAGAUGCAGUGUUACAGAACUUGAAAGACGCUCAUGAUAGUUCGACCGUCGCAUCAGACGAUGUCCACCGUGUGCUCCACAGCAGGGUGAAGCAGGCACAGUGACUUGUGCGUGAAUUAGUUUAUAGUAAUAGUAGACUGGAACAGCAUCUCCCGCACUUUCUCCUCCCAACCUGGAUCCGUUGUCAAGACAGAAUCAAGAAGUCCGGAGGCGGGGGGGGGGUGCGCAGGUGGAUGCACGGUCGAGCCCGCACCUAGGCGUACCAACAUAGCCCUGGUCCACAAUAAAGACUUAACCAGGACCUUGACCAACCACAACAACAAUCAAAACAGCAGAAAAGUCGUGGAUGACUGGGCAGUCAUGCACGCGACCUCUAUACCCAACGAGAGCGCAUGCGCAUAUACUACCAGAAAAUCAGGUACCGGAGAACUGCCACCGCACACCAGGCUGAUAAGAUCGUGGUUUGCUGAUCAGGACAUAGGAGACGCUCACAAACCUUGCGGCUCAGAAGGGCGACACACAGCCCUGCAUUUGCCUGGACCAUCAUCCUCCAAAGGCCGGGUAACCAGUCAGUCAGCGACUGAAAGGCACUACCCAUUAAGUGACACACACUCCUCACGUGCGUGAGUGCCCAACGACCCUCAUAUUUGGGUUUUAAUUAACUGGCUAUGAAAAACGGAUCGAAGAAGCUUCCUAGUCUGCCAUCUUACUGGUAUAUUCAACAGCCAAAUUUGUUACUGUAUGCUCUUUCAUAUUUCACUUAAUCUCCCAUCGAAACGUAGUAUAGGAAACGGUCGGAUAAUAUACUUCGAGGGCCUUUGUUUGAAGCACGAUAUAGGAGGAGGAAAUUUAAAUCCCAGAUGCGUAGGUAUUUGUUGCGUUCACUGACCUGAUCCGUUUCACCCAAAGUGGGCGGAAAAACUUUACUUCAUGUAUCACUGAAAAUAUUUUCUAUCAUAUUGAAAAGCUUCAUGUAGAUGCAAAACAUACGGACGUUACUCUGGCACUACGUGAGUUUUCCUCCCUAUGCCCCAUCAAAUCAACGGUUACAGACGGGUAGUACCUUUGAUUAACCAAUCAGAUAUGUGAGCUGAAUCGAUUGUUUCCCGCUUUCCAAGGACCGAUUUUCAAUCAACACUCGAGAGAUCUUAAAAUUUUCCAUCGGCCAGGCUAUUGUGCUUUUGUGUACAUUUAUUUUUCUUGCAAGCGUUCCUCGAGUCUGGAAAUAAUCGCACUAUGCAUAUCACGGCCAAACAUGGAGAAGCUUGUAGUACCGAUGGAUUUCCGACUGGUUUGCUCUGUUUAGCUGAUGAAACACCGGAAAUUAUACGGCAACUAAAAUAGCACGUACAAAUUGAUGCGCACCCUGUCUGUUCUCAUACACCACAAAUUGUGCUGCCUCAAGCAGUAUUCCUGGUGACCAGCAUAGUGGCUUUCUGAUUGCACAAAUACUGAUUGUCAUAGAUGGUAGGCCUCUUUCACCCAAUCCAUUCUUAACCUCCUAUUCCCCGCUCUCACCGUUCCUUCCUCGCAGAAACUCCAGCAACAUCAGUUCAAUCCUUUGGUUUAUUGCGAGGUUUGUCCAGAUUUGGUUUGCAAGCUUUGCCUGCGCUGAUUCUAUUGCUUGUCAAUUAUCUCCCCUUACUGUUUCGUGCUACAAGGCUGUGCUCUGCCAUAGAACACUUCCACCGUACACAGUCGCAUGUGUAGCAACAGGAGUGCACCCCAGAUCCUUCCCAACGCCUGCCUUCCUAAUCCCCUCUAGUCCCCGCUGUCAUUACUGACGUCGGUGGUGCCCUCAAGUGUCAUUUUCACCCUCUUUUAGCUUCUAGAAGAUAUCUGUCAGCGUAACGGCCUGGAGCCGCCAGUAUACGCAGCUUUACCGGUGGACAUGAUUGAAUUUGGCAGCGGCGGCAAAGUCUCUCUCUAUAUCGGUCAGGUCAGUUAGUCUUGUCCAGUGAUUUUGACAUUUGAGAAAAAAGAGACUGAUGACAAGCAUAACUUCUGCAGAGUCACCCUCUAGACCUAUAUGCUGUAAGGGACUAAAAUAACUAUAUACUGUUUUUAAUGGAGGUCACACUUACAUGUCUAAGAAAUGACUAAGGUGUGAGAUUAGAUCACCAGAGACCUCUAGCGAAAUUCUUAACAUAAAUUCGAGAUGACUUGUAUCGAGAAGACAACGCGAACAUGCCCUUAGACUUAAAAAACGUUAGCGAAAAAGGCAAUGGAUGUUAGACCCGGUUGCAAGUACUCCCUAUGUUAUUAAAUAAUGUCUUUGACUGAUUUGUGCUCUCAUCACCAUUACUGUAUGAAGUAUUUAUGAUGAGCCUAGAAAAACGCAAUCUGGGUAGGUAUGAAUUUAACGUCUGUCCACUCCAGCUUCCUGAAUUAGCCUGCUGUUCAAUUAACCAAGAUCGAACCUUGCAUUUUUAUGCUUAGUAGGGAACGCUGCUUGUAAAUGUCCUGGUAGUAACUUGGGCUGAUAUUCCAGAGAAUACCUGUGGCCCAGUGGUUAACACCAAAAUGUGAAGACAAAUCUGAUGAAAGAAAAUACUUGGAAUGCUUGUAGGUCACGAUCCCGAGCCUACGGAUUCAGUGUCAUACGCCGAAAUACUACCGUACAGCGGAGGAAGCCAAAGUCGGGGCAGCGGAAGCGGCUUUCUUCUACCUGCACCAGGCCCACAUUCAGUUGCAGAUGGCGUUGUCUGAAUGUAAGUUUAUUAACAGUGUUUUUACUAGUCAGUCUAAUGCACAACUUACGAUGAGAGGACUCCGUGCGUACAUUAUGCCAAAUUGUUACUGAGUAUAACCUCUCGCUUUGGGAAAAUGUACACGCAAAGAACUCAUUAAAAGACUUGUGGUUGAGAUCUCUGGCUGAACUUUAAACCCUACUUCUGUCAUUCUUAGGCUAGUUACUUGAGGCACCCUGUGAGGUCGGGCCCAUUUCGCUUCUUCAACCAAAACAGAGGUUGUUAGAACAAUACUAAUGUACCGUUUCGAGUUAAUUAAUUCAAAUAAUUUCCUCAUGGACGACGGGAUGACCCAAUUGUAAGAUUAGUUAUUAUAUCUAUGCGACUUUUCAAGACUCCUAAAAGGGUUCUAUAAACCCCUCUGCCUCGGAUAUGAACAGCUUCCUGCAAACGAGGCUAUCUAACACAACCAACAAAACUAAUACUAGUUAGCCUCAUAACGAGCCAUAUCAUUUUCUGUCUUGUUGAUUUAUCGUUCGCGGCCUUUCUGCGCUUUACUUAAGUGCUUUCUGAGUUCAGAGAUUUCAAGUAAAAGGAACAGGGUUUUUAUGAUUGGCCAUGUGUCAUGUAUAGUUUUACUUUUAAAAGCCACUAAGACCGGUCUACGCUACCCGCUGAAGGGUAUGGAGGUGCACCUGGAGCGCGGGACGUGCGUGUGAUUAUGCGCGGAACUGCCUGUCAAUUGGAGUAUGCACAACUGAGCUCGGCGCGGCACUGAAUCGGCACAGCACGCCCCUUUCCCCGAUUUUUGCACCGUAGGCGUUCGGAGUCGAAGUCACCAAAUGCAGAGCAGUUGGCGUUUUCCGGGUGUUGCAUCGAUGUCAAAGGUCAUCGGUAAUUUCGCGCAUUUUCGCGCAGGCGACUCGGUAGUGCGCGUAUGCACCCGCCACGUCGACCUUCGAGCAAUCGAUAGAUUGAUAAAACCAAUCGGAAGUCGAGCUGCGCCCAGGCUUUGUAUAUAGCUUGCCCGAGCUGUUUCGUUCGUUCGUCGGCGCAGCCUGCUAUGCGUUCAGGCACAGAUGCAGGUGAGCGGAGGGGGUGAGCUACGCUCAAAAAGGGCAUAACUCUGUACAGAUAAUGUAUGCAUUUGUGGACCAUGGUGCGUUCGGUGCUUGUGCCACGCACGCAAUUGGCAACCAGUGGCCCUAAUCGUUCUACUGAGAAAGACCGCAAUGUUUACGCUAUUUCUCUCUCUCUCUCUGUGUGUCUGUCUGUCUCACAUGCCCGCGCGGGCACAACUGUCGACGUGGUCAGUGCCUUCGGCGGCUGCUAGAGUGGCCUACUUUGCAAAUAACUCCAGAAUACGGUUACUAUGGCACUCGAAAAUUGGCUUCUAUGGAAAGAGGUUAAGCGCGAGAUCAUCUACUCUCGUUUGCCAGUAACUUAGCGAUGAACAGUCUACCUCCACCCCCAGUAUUUUGUAAAUUAUGGUCCUGUGGCCGCAUAUUGCAAAUAAAACGCAUUCCUCGAUAAAGUGCCCACCUCAGAACGAAACUAGGACAGUUUGCAUAAAUCACAAAUCUUUCAUAUACUAGGCAGCCAAAUUAAAAUAUAGCACGCCUCUGGGGAUGUUUCCACUGGAAGAGGCCCGGUUGUAAAUAUACACCAGAUGCCAUCAACCCGUCCUAGCGGAAAGUGACUGUUCAUCGGUGCCACGCCAGACCAUCCGGUCUGCUCUUCGAUGGUUAACGAUGUUGGUGAUCAGUUUAGUUUGAAGUUGUUUCCAUUGUGCGUACUGAGCAACACCUGUUUUAUAGGCUCUGGUACAGCAAUGCUGGCGGCGGAUAUCAUUGAAAAAGAUACAUCGAACACACAAGUUCAAGGCAGUGGUGGAUCCAAGAAGAAGGUUAGGUCUUCACACAAAUCAUGCUCGAACGCCAGACGCCGUUCAGAGAAGUCAUACUCCAGGCAACCUCACCAUACUAAAAACCUCGAAGAAACUUCUACGGUUUCCCAGUCCACGUUGACCCCGACAGAGUUCGAUUGGACUACCCCGCUCAUCGCAGAGGAUGGUCAUAUGGCCUACAUCUCUGGAGAACCUGCUAUUCUGCAGCCGGCUUGCUCCGAGGAGGGGUUUGGGGUUAGCCGAAUGACCUCUAAAACGGAUUCAGCCUCUGAAAUGUCGGCGAUGCGAGCGGACGACCCAAUUGUAUACUUGGACGAUAGAUCGUACCCCCUGGAAUGCGAUAUCAGCACUCGGGGGGACAUUGCGAACGUCAUUUUACCGACAGACAAUUUCGUACCCAGUCUGGAAUGUCACCUGGCAACUAAUCCCGCUAUUCUAUGCUCAAACAAGUGUUCCGGGUAUGGCCUAGCCUCCGGAGGUCUUCGAGUGGCGCAGACGCCGCUACCCACGGCAGCGCAAAUGCCCCAGUGUAUGCCAAGCGUGAGCACUUUGCCGACAAACGAAGACUCACAGAUUGCAAUCAGUGAAGUCCUGUUUGAGCCACUUAUUCCCACAACACAUACCAUGCAGCAGAAUAUGCUUGUACCGGCAAAUUACGUACAAGCUCCAAGUCGGGUUUUCAGCAGUAAGAGUCUUGUUGAGGGAGUUUCGUUUGGUUGAGUUGUUAGGAAAUCUUUAGUCUUUUUUCCUUCCGAUCUGACCAAUCACGCCUUUCCUUUGUUAAUCUUAGUGAAUAAUCCAUUCACAAGUACUGCAGCCAGUGGAAACUGCUCCUCAGGCCUUCAACCUCCAGUUGUGCCCAUGCUUCUUCAGCAGAAUACACCUUCAAGAAAUUCGUCAUUUCCUCCACUAUCAACGACCCUUCAGUGUCCCAACGGUCUAUAUCCUCCAGUCACAGCUUCUACUGCAUUCCCACCAAUUUUGCCACUGACGGGAGGCGAGGGAGCCUUACCUCUCGGUCAGGUGCCAAAUCUACAACUUCCAAACCACCUUCUCGACUAUUCGGCACAACUAUUCCCAAAUCGGCUGACAGCCACCAACUUUCUCCCCUGCAGUGGUGUGAUACCUGCAGGUGCCGUCUUUUUGGACCCCACUAGUAUCAACGCAGCAGUUAAUGCAAUGGGAAAUUCGAUUAGCCCUCAACAGUGCCAAAGUCCUGGUCUGGGGCCUGGUGGCAUUAUGAGUCAUCAGAACAGCGCCUUGAAGACUGACCUCAUUUCUACUGCAAACUGCCAAAAUGGCAAUAGCGCUUUGGCACCAUUUGGCCAAGCGAACGGGUCAUCAAAAGUUGGUAAUCUUUUGCCUCUGAUACAGACCUUAUCAACGCCCCUUUUACCACCUUCUUCAACCGCGGUCUGUGGAGGUUCACUUGGACACCAGGCGGGUGCCUCGAACUGCACCCCCGGUCUGCAAUCGCCAGUGGUUCAGACGUCUCUGAAUGUGCUUUCAAUGCCACAGAUCAAGAUUUCAGUCCAGAGCCUCACCAACCUCGCAGCACAACCGACCACCUCUGCAGUACUCACCGGAAAGAUCUCUGACAGCGGCUCCAUGUCGCAAGCGUGA